AUGAAGUGCGAGCUCAAGCAGACAUCAAUCCGCGUGAACAACGACCUGCGCAUCUCAUUCCAGCGCACCAUCCGCGUGCCAGACAACCACCAGAAGUCUGCUCUCCCGCCGGAUUUGGGCUCCUUCCCGUUGAAGCCGAUUUCCAGAUAUGCGCACAUGCUGCCAAAGGACAUGGCCGCGAAGGGCGGAGCGUUCUUUCCUAUGUAUCAAUCUGAGGCGAUGUGGAUCGACUUCAACUGCAACUAUAGCCAAUCGUACAUGAUCAAGAUCUACUGUGGUGGCGUGAAUGUCGUCUCUGGCGAGCCUGCGGAAGAGACAGCUGCGACCAAGAUGCGCCGCCUCAAGAAACUUGCCGCGAUCAAGGACGGGCAAGCUAGCAACCGGUCUGGCUCCGGUGAUGAUACUGCUUCCCCGCUGCAGGACUAUAUCGUCGUUCCUGCACAGGACUGGCUGGACGGUAUCGCGGAUUCGGACGGCACGGUGCGCCAGUUCGUCGCUAUGCCUUUCGGUAGCGGCUGUUCCGUAGAAUCACAGGUCACCGGUGCUGACUCCGUCGGCGGGCUGCAAUUCGAGAUCACGCCAAUGCGGACCUCUGUGCGUCGACAAGCUGGCGCGCAUGGCUCUGUGGAAGGCCAAACCGGAGCGUAUCCGAUCCAGGUCAAGACUUUGACGGGCAAGAAAUUUCCUAUAUGGGUCCUUCCCGAUGAUCAAAUCGACACCCUCAAGUGCCGCAUCGAGGCCAAGGAAGGAAUUCCCCCGGAUCAGCAGCGUCUUGUCUUUCAAGGGCGUAAAAUGAAAGAUGGCUUGACCGUGGGUCACUACAACAUGCUUAGGGAUUCUCAGCUGCAUCUUCUUCUUCGCCUCCGUGGCGGCGGUGGUCCACCUCCCCACCAGAUGAGCAUCGCAGCAGGCGGCAAGAUCGAGCAAGUCAUCAAGAAGGACCCGCGCCCAAACGCCUGGAUCGGCUCCGAGACCACUGUCUUCAACGUCCAGAUCCUCAACUCCGCCGUCUACAGCGCCGUCACUGGAGAAGCUCCGCCUUCACUUCCGAUCAGCGCGAAGACCUACCAGGAGCACGGAUUCCCCUUCUUCUCCAUGUAUGAGGAGCCAAGCGGCAUCUCCGGCGACUUCGGCCUUGUCAAGUCAGUCGCCGAGAUCGAUGGAGCUAAGGACGCGGAAGUCAAGCCAGAUACGGUGGCGAUCUUGGGGAAGCGGGACUCUGGCGGUCAACCGCUUUCGCCGCCGGUGGCAUUCACGAACCCUAGCGGCCCGCUUCGUGAGUUCCGCACCGUAGUCGAUCUCGAGGAGGCUUUGGAAGGCUAUCAUGUUGCCGACUUCUGA